AACCUUAAGGUCACUCUAACUUACAUUGAUUUAGUUUUUCUUCGUUGGUUUCUUGUAAUUUUGUAAUUAAAAACAAAUAAAAUGCUUGAAAUAAAGAACAAACCAAGGCAAAUUUAAGUCAUCACAUUACACAGGAUCAGUCAUGGAGAUUCCCAUUCAAGUGGCUGUGCGGCUUUACCCACACACAGAUGAGAAAAGAAACGGAACUGAACAGAAGACAGUGGGAGACGAUGAGCAAACAAAGUGUCCCCCAGAUGCUAAUGGCAACUGUCCUGCAGAGGAGCAACUGGAAGAGCAGGUGCUUACCGAGGAACAGGUGAAGCAGGGGACAGACAACAACAAAAAUGUUUCCGCCUGCUGUGUCCAGGCCAUCCCGAUAGCAGCUUCGGCCUUAGGUCUGCCCAGCGCUCUUCCAGGCGGUGCUCAGCAUUUGGAUAGCAUAGCCGCUGGUCUAAUACAAGUUGGUGCCCACACUGUGCCAGUAACCCAUGCUUUGGCUGGCAGUACAAGCCAGAGCCAGGUCUACCAUCAGACAGUGUUUCCUUUGAUAAGUCUGUUUCUCGAGGGAUUCGAUGCUUCGGUGGUUACAUACGGGCAGAAGGGUCAAGGUAAGACCUACACUCUCUAUGGCCAUGGAUUCGACUGUGGAGACUUCGGAGAGGCAGAUCAAGGCGUAGUGCAACGCUGUGUGAGAGAGAUCUUUAAUCAUAUUACUGGCCAUACUGAUCGCACCUAUGCCGUGAAUGUGGGAUUUGUAGAGAUCUGCCAAGGAGACAUACGUGAUCUACUGGGUAUGGGAAAUGUCCACUGCAACAAUAUAGAGGAAGUUUUUCAUUGGGUUCAAGUGGGUUUGUCUGCACGGCAACCGUCUCCUGCCCAUACUCUGUUCACUCUGACCCUGGAACAACAUUGGGUCUCGAAGGAGGGACUCAUCCAGCAUCGUUUAUCCACGGCAAGUUUCUCUGAUCUAUGUGCCAGCGAGCGUUGGGGUGAACCCCCACCAGGACAUCCUCAUGAUGCUGGUCUCCAGAUGUUGGAACAGGUGGUCAAUACGCUAACCGAUCCGACCAUAAUGUAUGGCGUCAAUGGAAAUAUACCCUAUGGCCAGACCACAUUGACAACCCUGCUAAAGGAUUCAUUCGGGGGCAGAGCCCAGACUCUGGUCAUUCUCUGUGUCUCCCCGUUGGAAGAGCAUCUUGUCGAGACUUUGGGCAAUUUGCAGUUUGCCUUCAAGGUGCAAUGUGUGCGGAAUUAUGUGAUUAUGAACACCUUCUCCGAUGACAAUAUGCCCAUUUCGCCACCCCAUAACCCUGCAGAGAAUCCUCCUCAAGGAGCAACAGAUAAUUUUGGUCUUCAAUUUGCAGCGAGUCAGUGGUUUAAGUUGGUAUCCAAUGCGGAAGGAUUAUUUGCCAAAUUGAUGAGCUCUCAAGCGAUUGGCGAUCUAGAGAAGGAACAGAUCGAGGAGUGGUUGUUCCUCAAGCAAGAAUGUGAGGAAUGUCUCAGUUCCAGCGAGGCGCUACGCUCGCAGAAGGCUCUGGUGCCCAUUCAAGAAACCGAAGAACCGGAGGAGUCUCACAGUGAGCCACAGAAUUCGGAUAACGACACGGACAAUGAAUCUCAACGUCCCGACCUGGCUGAGAGAUUGGAGAAUCUGAUGGAUGAGUUUAAAAGCAAGACCGAUGCUUUGAUCCAGGACAAGCAUCAGGACUUUUUGUCCAAGCAACCAAAAGCCGUGAUGCAAAGCCAGGAGAGAGACAAAACAGAUGGGGGAGGAGGAGGUGCAAGUGGAGCUGGUAGCGGAUGUGGCCGUAGACGGAGCAUUCAACCAGGAGCCAGUCUCAGUACCGCCGAAUUGGCUAUGCUCAACCGGGUGGCGCAACAUGCUCCUCCUCCAUCAGCCGAUGCCCAGCUACUGUUGGAUCCCCUCGAUAGUUCCUCGGGUGGCGAGGCAGCAGCUGCAGCUGCCGCUAUCAAUGCUCCCAUUGAACAACUGCAGAAAAAACUACGCAAACUUCAUGCAGAGAUUGAGGGUCGCCAGCGUCAACUUAAGGAGAUCGAACAGACCAUGCAGGUCAAACAGAAUAUCAUCAGUGAUCUGGUCAAGAACAGUGAGACACGCUCCCAUGCCAAGCAGAAGUUCAACAAGAAAAAGGCCAAAUUGGAGGGGGAAUGCGACAAGGCUAAAAAACAUCUGGCCAAGGCUUUGGUUCAGGGCAAAGAAAAGUCCGAAAUAGAACGCUGGACAGCAAUCAUUGCCCACAUUGAUCAGCGUCUGGAAGAUCUAAGCUCCAUGAAGAACAUUGCUGGCGAAAGUGGUCAGAAACUGAAGAAACUUCAGCAAUCUGUGGCCGAGUCGCGCAAACAAAUCGAGGAACUUCACAAGAAGAACAAAAAGGAGACCAAACUUAGCGAGCAGCUGGAACUGGAGCUAUUGAAACUGCGAGAGGCACGCGACACGAGCAACAAGGAACUGGUCAAAGUGGAGGCACCGCAUCCGGAUCAGUUGAAGGUUGUCCAGGCCAGAAUCACGCAAAUCAAUCAUAUAUUGCGAGAGAAGUCCGAGAAUCUUGAAGAGAAUGGCCAGCAGGAGAGUCUUCGGCAUGAGAUCAGAAAUUUACGCGGCACUCGUGAUCUUCUCCUGGAGGAACGUUGUCAUCUCGAUCGUAAACUUAAACGGGAUAAGAUUCUAACCCAGCGAGAGGAACGCAAACUACUCGAAUGUGAUGAGGCCAUCGAGGCCAUUGAUGCGGCAAUUGAAUUCAAGAAUGAACUAAUCUGUGGCCACAAAUCCAUAGACACCAGCGAACGAUUGCAGCGUGAGAAGGGCGAGCAAAUGCUGAUGGCUCGUCUCAAUAAACUCUCGCCCGAGGAGAUGCGCACUCUGCUCUACAAAUACUUCAAUAAAGUCAUCGAUUUGCGCGACUCGUCGCGCAAACUGGAGAUGCAAUUGAUGCAACUGGAGCGAGAACGUGAUGCCUGGGAAUGGAAAGAGCGUGUCCUCUCGAAUGCAGUGCGUCAGGCCCGUCUGGAGGGCGAGAGGAAUGCUGUGCUCCUGCAGCGGCAACAUGAGAUGAAGCUGACCCUAAUGCUACGCCAUUUGGCCGAGGAAACGUCAGCCAGUUCGGCCAGCUAUGGCGGAGCAUUGGCUCCCACCACAUCUCAGGCGACCACUGUGAGCAGUGACUAUGAAUUGGACUUCUACAAGAACAAAGCACUCGUUAAGAAGCCACAAACGGCGGCCACUUUGGACAAAUACAAAGACAAGGAACGUGGUGGACGAAAUAUAUUUGCCAAAUUCCAGGUACUCACACGCUAUGCAGCGGCAGCGGCUGCUGGUGGAGGAUCCUCUACGGCAGAUGAGUCCACCGCCCUAAUUGAGUCAACCACAAUGACUACGGCAACCACCACCACAACAACAACAACCACAGCAGCUGGAGGAACUGGUGGGGUUAGGAUAAAAGACAAAGCGUUGGCCAACAUACGGCAGGAUCAAUUGAAGCUAUUGAUGCCCCCACCCACAUCCACCAAGGUGACGCGACAAAAGAACAAAAUCAUCAUACAAGAUGCCACACGCAAGAAUUAAGAAUGCAAAUCUUACGAAUUUAGAAGGAGGUUGACUUAAAAAAAAAUGGGAAUAAGACACAAGAUAAAAGCUUAAAGCAUAUAGAGAGGAAAGAGACGAAAGAGUAAUAGAUAUAUAAUGGAAAAUAAUCCGAAAGUUAAAGAAAAACUUAAUUUCCAUCAAAGUCAAUUGAUUGAUGUUAGUUCUAUUUUAUUUUCCAACUAUUUGUUGCUCGUCUAGAAAUAUUUUACCUUGCACUCGAAUCUUAUUUUCCAUAUUUUUUGUUAGUGAUUAACUUUGAUUAAUUUUCGAACUGUUUGAACAAGAAACUCUGAAUACUCAUCUAACUAACUGAUUAAUAUCUAAUGUCCGACCUAAAUUUAACUCGCAUUCACUCACUUUGUCACUCACUCACUUUAGCUAUAGACAAAUCGUACUGAACAAACCAGAAUAAUACGUCCAAAAGAAAAAAAUAUAAAUAUAUAGCAGACUUUACCAAGGGUUUCCUAUGGGAAAUAACUCUCUACUACCUUCUAAGCAUUUCCCCAACGCGAAAAAUUAAAGACUUGACAAUUGUUACUUAAAAAAGAAAAUGAAAAAUACUCACUCAAAGAAUAUACAUGAGAAAAAUAUCACAAA